GCCCCCUGGCCAGGAGCGAGCGCGCCCGGCGGGAGCGGCGGCUGGGAAGGCUGCAGGGAAGGGGAUUCGCAGAUCCCGGAGAUGCCGGACUUCCUGGAAGACCCCUCGGUCCUGACGAAAGACAAGUUGAAGAGUGAGUUGGUCGCCAACAAUGUGACGCUCCCGGCCGGGGAGCAACGGAAAGACGUCUACGUGCAGCUCUACCUGCAGCACCUCACGCCGCGCAACCGGCCGCCGCUCGCCGCGGGCGCCAACAGCAAGGGGCCCCCGGACUUCUCCAGCGACGAGGAGCGCGAACCCACCCCGGUCCUCGGCUCCGGGGCCUCUGCCGCGGGCCGGAGCCGGGCCACCGUCGGCAGGAAAGCCACAAAGAAAACUGAUAAACCCAGACAAGAAGAUAAAGAUGAUCUAGACGUAACAGAGCUCACUAACGAAGAUCUUCUGGAUCAGCUUGUGAAAUAUGGAGUGAAUCCUGGUCCUAUUGUGGGAACAACCAGGAAGUUAUAUGAGAAAAAGUUGAUGAAACUGAGGGAACAAGGGACAGAAUCAAGAUCUUCUACUCCUCUGCCAACAAUUUCUUCUUCAGCAGAAAAUACAAGGCAGAAUGGAAGUAAUGACUCUGACAGAUACAGUGACAAUGAAGAAGACUCUAAAAUAGAGCUCAAGCUUGAGAAGAGAGAACCACUAAAGGGCAGAGCAAAGACUCCGGUAACACUCAAGCAAAGAAGAAUUGAGCACAAUCAGAGCUAUUCUCAAGCUGGAAUAACUGAGACUGAAUGGACAAGUGGAUCUUCAAAAGGCGGACCUCUGCAGGCAUUAACUAGGGAAUCUACAAGAGGGUCAAGAAGAACUCCAAGGAAAAGGGUGGAAACUUCAGAACAUUUUCGUAUAGAUGGUGCAGUAAUUUCAGAGAGUACUCCCAUAGCUGAAACUAUAAUGGCUUCAAGCAACGAAACCUUAGUUGUCAAUAGGGUGACUGGAAAUUUCAAGCAUGCAGCUCCUAUUCUGCCAAUCACUGAGUUCUCAGACAUACCCAGAAGAACACCAAAGAAACCAUUGACAAGAGCUGAAGUGGGAGAAAAAACAGAGGAGAGAAGAGUAGAAAGGGAUAUCCUUAAGGAAAUGUUUCCCUAUGAAGCAGCUACACCAACAGGAAUUAGCGCUAGUUGCCGCAGACCAAUCAAAGGGGCUGCUGGCCGGCCAUUAGAACUCAGUAAUUUCAGGAUGGAGGAAUCUUUUUCGACUAAGUACGUUCCUAAGUAUGUUCCCUUGGCAGAUGUCAAGUCAGAAAAGACAAAAAAGGGACGCACCAUUCCCGUGUGGAUAAAAAUUUUGCUGUUUGUUGUUGUGGCUGUUUUUUUGUUUUUGGUCUAUCAAGCUAUGGAAACCAACCAAGGAAAUCCCUUCAGUAAAUUUCUUCCUGCCGAAUCUGGAACAUCCAACUGAAUACCUAUUUGGCACAUUCAACUUGGUCUCCUGUUUUUAAUAACUAUAGAAAAACAUUUGUGUACACUUGUUGACUCAAGAACUAAAAAUAAUGUGAUUUCACCUCAAUAAAUGUAGUAUUCCAUUGAAAAGCAAACAAUAUAUAAAAAUGGACUUCAUUUAAAUGUUUUGGACUUUGGACAAGUAGGAGAUCACUUUGUGCCAUAUGAAUAAUCUUUUCUAGCUCUGGAACUUUUUUGUAGGCUUUAUUUUUUUAAUGUGGGCAUCUUAUUUCAUUUUUGAGAAAAAUGUAUAUUGUUUUUGUGUAUUUGGGAAAAAAGAAGGGCAAAACAUGGUAAUAAAAUGUGAAGCUACACAUUUAAAUACUUUGAAUUCUUACAGAAAAGAUUUUAAGAAUUUCUCUGCUGAAUAAAAACUUUUACAGACAUGUGAAACAUAAUGAAUUAAGAGAAAAAGUAACUUGAUUUUACUUUCUGUAACUGCAGCAAAGUUCGAUUGUGUUUAUGGGGAGAAGUACAACAAUAAUCUCUUCUGUAGCUUUUAUUAAUGGUAAUGUUAUUGUUGUAGCCCUAUCAUACACACUUUUUAAAAGAUUUCUAGUAUCAUGAAAGUCCUACUUCAGUAAGACCCAUUUAAAUACAGCUGAUUUUUAGCAGGGAUCUUUUAGUGCUACAUAUACGUGUUUUAGAGAACUAUUAGCUGGCUGUACAUGUUUUGAAAGCUGUGAGCUAGCUAUAAGGCUACAAUUGGAAAUAUGUACUUUUAUUUACAGCAGCAUUGGUUCUGUCAAUCCAGUUUGCUACCAAAACAUUAAUAAGUGUGUGUGUAUGUUUAUUUAGAAGUUAGAAACUUUAAACACUGGUCUUAAUGUUCCAUUUGGAUUUAUUCUUGCAUUGUCUUCUAUUACCAAAAACAGUUUUACCAAUUUUUUUGCCCUAUAUUUCCCAAAGUAAUUUGAUUAUAAAGUGCGAAAGGUAUUUGCUUUUAAAUUACAUAAUAAGUAGUUGUUAAGUUGUAGACUCUGACUCUGAGGUGGGCAUUAUGAUUUUGUUUACUCCUGAAAUGGUUAACUUUGUGGUUGAUUUAUUUUACUUUUUUAGCUGAAACUUACCUCAUGUAUACUUGGUUAAGUAAAGUCAUAGGUAACUGAAAUUUCAAUAGAAUCGGGUAAAAUAUAAAAAAUUUAAACAUUGAGUUUCAGCUUUACAGUCAUUGACCAUAAAGCACACUAAAAAAUGUAAGUUAUUUUUAAAUAUCAUCUGAAAUAAAAAGAUACUUUUAAAAAAGGAAGAAGCUGAAGAUGUAUAGUUAGACUAGCAUACAAUUUUGAUUUGAAUUAGCCCUAUCCUGAUAUUUAGCUUUUAGAUAUUUUGUAGACAUUUUCACCUACUUUGCAAUGGAGACCAGAAACAUUCGCAGGUCUAGUCCUGCAGAGCAAGUGAGAAACUUACUCCUGGAUCAGCCUCUCUGAGUAAAAGUGUUUCUUUGAGAUGAGCCACAGAAGGAGCAUGUUUUACUCAACUUUUCCACUGUAAGGUAAUAGCAAUCUACUCUUUAUUUUUAAACUUUGUUUUCCAUAUUGUUUUCAGUCUUUUGUUUAUUAUUAGAAAUUGUGAGAAGCUCCAUUUAAUGUUUAAAAAUGUCAAGAAAUAAAUCACACUUAACUUGUAUGUAUGAACAAUUCUCUAAUAAGAAACGUAUGGUCCAAAAUAGCAAAAGUAGAACCAGGUAAAACAGGUAGUCAUUUUUUAAAAACAUGUACUUGGUCUUUUGUCUGUGUCUUAUUUCACUAGAGUAAAUGUGUCCUUGAUGUAAAUGCUAAGCAUUUUUUUCUGAUUAAAUUGUGUAGAU